AACUUAUUUAGUUGGGUAUUUAAUUGGCCCCUCCCCACUAACUUUUAUUCGUGCAUAUUUAACAGUGAGUUUUCCAGCUGUCAACAAAGAAACUAUUCAACUUGACUCCGAAAAAUUAGCGAUAUUGUAAAACAUUCGGAAGCCAGUAGCAUUCAUACAGAAUCACGUUGAUUCUUUAUACUCAUUCUCUAUCCCCUCCUAUAAAUUUCUUCUUCAUUUAACAAAAAAAUUCAAGUCAAGAGCUCACCAAGGUGUUUACUAAAGAAACUGGUUAUACUUUUGUUUUAGUUUUGUUUCAUGAAGAAAUAGAGAUAACUGUCUGUGUUUUCUUAGACUCUGUUGUCUUAUGAUCCAUCUCUAUGAUUUUGGAAUUAAAGGGAGGGUGCCAAGAUGAAUAGAAUAUUGAUAAUUGGAGCAACUGGGUACAUUGGCAAAUACAUGGCGAAAGCCAGUGUUUCACUUGGGUACCCAACAUUUGCUUUUGUGCGUCCUUCCACGGCAGCUCCUCAUUGCUCCAAGUCACAAUUACUCCAACAAUUCAGAGAUGAUGGUAUUAUCAUUCUUCAGGGAUCUUUGGAUGAUCAUAACAGCCUUGUAAAUGCAAUAAAGCAAGUGGAUAUAGUAAUAUCUGCAGUUGCAAUUCCACAGCAUUUAGAUCAGCUCAAUAUUAUAAAGGCUAUCAAGGAAGCAGGAAAUAUAAAGAGGUUCCUGCCAUCAGAAUUCGGCAAUGAAGUGGACAGAAUCAAGUCGUUGGCUCCCUUUCAGAGAAUAAAUGAUGUUAGGAAGACCAUUCGUAGGGCAACUGAAGAGGCAGGGAUUCCAUACACCUUCGUUUCUGCAAAUUCUUAUGCUGCUUAUUUCAUUGAUUACUUCCUUCAUCCUCGUCAGAAACCACCACCACAGGAAGUUUUUAUCUAUGGAAAUGGUUUUACUAAAGCUGUCAUGAAUUUAGAAGAUGACAUCGCCGCUCUAAACAUAAUGGUAGCCAAUGAUCCCAGAACACUAAACAAGCUAGUGAUUUACAAGCCUCCAAUGAAUGUCAUUAGCCAGAGCGAGCUUGUUUCACUGUGGGAGGAGAAAACUGGACGGACUCUUAAAAGGGUCUAUUUGCCUGAAGCUGAGAUGGUGAAGCUCUCAGACACUUUACCUGAUCCAGAUAACAUCCCCAUUACAAUUUUGCACAGUAUUUUUGUCAAAGGUGAUCAAACCAACUACGAGGUGACAAAUGAAGAUGUGGAGGUUACUAAACUUUAUCCUACCUAUAAGUUUACAAGCAUUAAUGAUUUUCUUGACAUUUGCAAGGUAAACCCACCAGAAACAAAACUUGCAUCCUUUGUAUAGCAGAUGUAUCAAUCGAUGUAAACCCAAACGCUACUAUAGAUUACUGGGACAAGUUCUAUGUCCAUGGUUGGGAUACAACAACUGAACAAAUGAAUUAUUAUAAGAAUGAGCAUGCGCUUGUACAGUGCUAUAUCUUGCUUUUCUCAA